AUGCUGUUUCUACGAGAGAAGUUGGGUAUACAACAUCGUCCUCUGAUUAUCUGGGAACCGGCUCCACUUUCUUGCAAGCCGGAGAACCUACAAGACUUUCUAGCAGUUGCAGCUUUGGUCGACGUGUUCAGUCCCAACCACUUAGAACUGGCUGCCCUGUUUGAAGAUACCCCAGCUACUUCUGAUAGAAGCGAGAUUGAAAGGCUGGCUAUGAAAUUCAUAACCAACGGAGUCGGCCCGGAAGGAAAGGGUACGGUGAUUGUUCGAGUUGGUGAACAUGGCUGUUUUGUUCGAUCGAGCAACCUCGUUUCCAAAUGGCUACCUCCAUUCCAUAUGGCAGGGCCUGGAGAAGAGCAGGCGACCAAAGUGGUUGAUCCGACUGGAGCCGGAAACGCAUUUCUGGGAGGCUACUCUAUAGGGUACCUCCAAACGGGAGGUGAUAUAAUUCAAGCAGCUAACUAUGGGUCUGUCGCAGCAUCAUUUGCAUUGGAGCAAGUAGGAAUGCCGGAGAAGAGGUGUGAAGGAGGUGAAGAAUUGUGGAAUGGGGCCAGUGUUCUUGGAAGAUUGCAUGAAUAUAGGGCUAGGCAAGAAUCCGCCGGCACGCAAGGGGACUUCGGGAGCAGCUCAAAAUAA